AUAACAAAGAAAAAAAAAAAGAAAACGAAAAAAAGAAAACAAAAUAAAAGAGGAAUAGCAUUGCCAUAUCUGUUAUACUGAUUCCUCCGUAAACCCAUCUUUCCUCUCUCAGCUCUCUUUGGUGGGGGAAAGGGUUUCUCACAGAGACGAAACAAGAAGAGAAACCAAAGAAAGCCUGAGAGAGUGAGAGAGAGAGAGGACGCUGUAGCAGGAUGUUAUCUUCCAAACCACACCACCUUCUUCACCUCCUACCUGCCAUUUUUCUCCUCUUGUCGAUUUUCUCACCUUCCGCAGCUUAUUCUCCCCCCCAACCUUUUCAAACCAUACCUAAUUCUGUUGGUGAAGAAAAUGGUUUGGUCGUUUUGAGGAGGUCUGUGGUUGAGGAGAUAGCACCUGAACCUCUUGAGGUUUCUGUAAACAGCACCCCUUUUAUAUUAGCUGCUGAAAGGACUACAAGAAAAGAUCCUUUGGAUGGCUAUAAAUAUUACACUGGUGGAUGGAAUAUCAGUAACAAGCAUUACUGGGCUUCUGUUGGUUUUACUGGUGCACCUCUGUUUGCGAUAGCCUUAAUCUGGUUUUCGGUCUUUGGGUUGACCUUAUUUCUUAUCUGUUGCUAUUAUUGCUGUUGCCGACGACGGAGUUAUUCGUACUCUCGAACUGCUUAUGCACUUUCGCUUAUCUUCCUCAUGCUUUUCACCAUAGCUGCGAUGGCCGGAUGCUUUGUUUUAUACUUAGGGCAGGGGAAGUUUCAUGGAAGUACGUCGAGUACUUUGGAUUAUGUAGUGCACCAGGCAAAUUUGACCGUCGACAAUCUCAGGAAUUUUUCAAAUGAUUUGGCUGCGGCCAAACGGGUUGGUGUGAAUCAGCAAUUUAUGCCUGUUGAUGUCCAGACUAAUAUUGACCACCUUCAAACGAAACUUAAUACAUCUGCUACUACCCUUUCUAAUCGAAGUACAGACAAUUCGAAGAAGAUACAUGAUGUCUUGGAUACCGUGAGGCUAUUUCUGAUUGUUGUGGCAGCUGUGAUGCUCCUUUUGGCAUUUCUUGGAUUUUGGUUCUCUGUGCUUGGUCUCCAGUUUCUUGUCUACAUCUUGGUGGUCAUUGGUUGGAUCCUUGUCGCGGGCACAUUUGUCUUGUGUGGUGUAUUUCUUCUUCUCCACAAUGUUGUUGCAGACACGUGCAUUGCGAUGGAUGAAUGGGUCUCACACCCUCAUCUACAUACUGCUCUAGACGACAUUCUCCCCUGCGUCGAUUUUGCAACUGCCAAUGAAUCCUUGUAUCGAAGCAAAGAAGUCACUUACCAAUUGGUGAAUGUUGUCAACCAGGUCCUUUCUAAUGUUAGCAAUGUGAACUACCCUCCUGGUCUUCAACCCUUAUACUACAAUCAAUCUGGACCAUUGGUGCCUCUCCUCUGCAACCCAUUUACUGCUCCUGGCAUGGCUGAUCGAAAAUGUGACCUUGGAGAAGUGGACUUCAAAAAUGCAACACAGGUGUGGAGGGGCUAUUCCUGUCAGGUGUCAGGUGGAAUAUGUACCACCCAGGGUCGCAUUACCCCCGACCUCUACAACCAGAUGACAGCAGCAGUAAAGGUCGGCUUCGGUAUAUACCAUUACACCCCAUUCUUGAUUCAGCUUGAAGACUGCAGUUUUGUGCGAUACACAUUUCAUACCAUCACAACAAGGGAAUGUCCUGGCUUGCGACGACACAGUCAAUGGAUCUACAUCGGCCUGGUGAUGGUUUCAGCUGCUGUUAUGCUGUCUUUGAUCUUUUGGGUCAUAUAUGCUAGAGAGAGGCGGCACCGCAAGUAUAACAAAAAGCGCAUGCUUAGGUCAUCAGGCCAAGAAACUCUACAAGAGAAGUUUCCAUAGGAAAGCAUUAAUACAGGUAAGCUGACUUGGCCUUUCUCAUACAGUUUGAAUCUUAGAUUGAUGUAAAUGGUAGACUGGGCUUGUUUUUUUUGUAUCAUAUGGCAGGCUUGUUUUACUGGGUUUUCCAUGUGUUUUUGAAUCAUUAUCAUUUACAUCUUUUAUUGUAAACUCCUAUGGUUGCCUCCCUUUUGAUAGGGUUGCAUAAUGUUGCUCUGAAUUCAAUGUCAAUGUCGAUGUGAAAGCUUAUGUUAUA